AUGUCGCACCCUCGCGAAACGGUUGCCUUCAACCCGUCCUCUCCACGCUCUUCCGUUGGAGGUGCCGAGUCCUUCAAGGGAACACCAGACACGAGACUUACGGCCUUCUCUCCUGAAGAGGGUUCGGCCAAAUCUUCUCGCCUUCUCAAAUCCCUGGGACAGGGCUCGCCAGAGGUGACACCAUCCAGAUUCCACUCCAACACCUUCGGAGGUGUCAUUUCCAACGGCGACAAGGAUCCUUUUAUCACAGCGACCUCUGAUUCCGCUCUUCAAAAGCUUUCACCCACUGCUUCGGCCUUUCAGCCUUUCGUCACUCACAUUGUCACCCCCGAUCGCGAUUGGCAGAGGAACUCAAAUUUGCUUCCUCCCUGCCAGAAGGAUGACGGCGAGCUGUCACAGUGCCUCAGUAUAGGCUCUCCUAGUCGUGCCCUUAGUGGUAUUGACUUGAGCUCGUGUUUUGCGAAGCUCCAGCGUCUAGGUCUCUCGGUCCAGGAGCCAAGACAGGCUCACUGCAAAGGUGGGAGGAUUGCUGUACAGUUUGGAGACAUUCGGGACGCAGUUCUGAUUCACGACAAUCUCCAUCGCGCAGAGGCUGACCUCGAGGCGGAGUACAUAUCGGACGCCAAUUUCACCGAGCGCACUCGACGGAGCAAUGGCAAGUCUGGGUCCUGGGUGUCUAUCCUUGCCACUGCUACUCCCCCGGGCCUAUUCGAUGUGGCACGUUUCGAAGCAGUCAUCAAGCGACAUCUCCAAUCCAAGGGACAUGUUUUCGCAUACCGAGCACAGCAGGGACAUGAUCCUGAAGUCUACAGAGCAGUCGCGGAAUUCAGUGAUCCUUCUGAAGCCUUAUCAUCUGUAGUUUCGCUCGACAACAGAAUCAUCGAGGGCGCUCACACCACUCUCUCGUUCAUCGAUACGAGUGACGGUCUACAGACGGCGCAAGAGGCGCAAGAUGGUUCCGUCGAAGGAGCUGACAUCUCGCUGCCCAGUCAGGAUCUGGCGAACCCUUUCCAGGCUUUGGCGAUUUCCAAGACUCCGGCCCAGAUGUCCAUGAUAUCUCAUGGCGCAGGCAUGUCUGUGCCGGGAUCUCAGUAUUCGCCUCUCGGUAUCCAGGUUCCCCCCUUCGCCAUGUGGCCAAUUCUGUGCCAGCCGCAAUUUCAGCCAAGCAUGGCGUAUCUCCUCAACGGUGGCCACUCCUUGUCAAUGCCACCGGCCGCGCACAGCCCUGCGGGUUACCAAGUCGUCAAUCCGCUGGUCUCGAACCACCAGCGAGGCAUAUCGAUGGCCGGAUCGUCGACCGGUAGUCCCAGACCUGAGCCUCGGAGGCAGAACGCUUCGCGCGUUAACAGAACCCCGUACUACAAUGUCGCAAGCCAUCACAACCAUGUCGAUGUCAACCGCAUCCGAGAGGGGACGGACGUCCGCACCACGAUCAUGCUCCGUAAUAUUCCGAACAAGGUGGACCAGGCAAUGCUCAAGCGCAUCGUGGACGAGUCCAGCUGGGGAAAGUACGACUUCAUGUAUCUGCGAAUCGAUUUCGCCAACGAUUGCAACGUCGGAUACGCUUUCAUCAAUUUCGUAGAUCCCUUGGACAUCAUCGACUUCGUCAACACCAGAGGCAAUCAAAGAUGGAACUGUUUCAAAAGUGACAAGGUUGCCGAGAUCUCCUAUGCCACUAUCCAAGGCAAGGACUGCCUCGUUCAGAAAUUCAGAAACAGUUCUGUCAUGCUUGAGGCUGCACACUAUCGUCCAAAGCUGUUCUACACGUCCAACGGACCGGUCCCCGAGCUUGCAGGAGAGGAGGAGCCCUUCCCGGAGCCAGACAACCAGUCCAAAAUGAAGAGAAGCUGUGAGAACGCGGAACAUGUUGGACUCUUCACACCCAACGCCGGCCAACACUUUCGGGAUGAGCAACGCCGCAGGCGCUCGCAGUACGACAGAGGCACAAGGCUGGCCGCCCUUGAGGAGCAUGACUUCGAGGCGAACAUGCAACCCUACAUGUAUCACUCGCAGUGA